AUGUUUAAUCAACAACGUAAUAAUUACAUGAUGGGAGGAGGUUCAGGAAGUGGCCAAAUACAACCCUCCUACAUGUACAAUGAUAUGAUAUCUCCAUCCUCCUCAUCAAUGAUGAGAAAUAAUUCUCCCUACAUGAAUUCCGAUCCCUACUAUAAUCCCAUGUCGAAUAGGAGAGGCUAUUAUGAUAAUUACAUGAUUGGUAAUGAACCUCUCUAUCAUGAAGAUAAAUUAUUUGAUGAGGAUUUAUUAAUGUAUGAUCGACCAACAUAUCGUCCGAGUCGAAUGAUUGCCAAUCCAGAUUUUGGUAAUUUUAAUUAUAAGAAGGGAUAUACGGCUGAGGUUUGGUUGAAUGAUGGAGAGACUGUUGUGUUGAGUGGAGAUUCGAGAAAGAAAACCUAUAGAACACAUUAUAGUCCAGAGUAUUUGAGGAGUUUCUUUUUUGGAUGGGUUGGAAGAUUGAUUCGUUACUUGUGGAUGGAUCGAUUGUUUGGACUUCAUGUGGACACAGUUAAGGAGGUCAAGACGAAGAAUUAUAUUUUCGUUACGGCUCAACUUCUUUCUGAAUAG